AUGGUCGACACGACGCGCCCCGCGGCCUCGUCGGCGGCUCCCCACGCGUCACCCAGUCCGUCCCGCGCCUCGCUGUCACGCGCAUCUCCUGCUGCAUCGUCUGCUGCGUCGACCGCACCUCGUCUCGUCUCUGGACGUGCCCCACCGCGCCCAGGAGCGCCAUCUGCGCGACACGCACCCGUCGACUCGACCGGUCCGUCCGUUAGAGCGCCUGUUGUCGCCGUGCCGCGCUGCAGCACGUGGUUCGCCAUGGACAAGAUCAAUCCCAUUGAACAGCGCAUGCUGCCCGAGUUCUUCAGCGCCUCUCAGGGCUCGAAGACCGCCGAGUUGUACCUCAAGUACCGCAAUUACAUGGUCCACGCGUCGCGCCAGCAGCCCGACGUGUACCUGACGGCCACGGCCUGUCGCCGGCACUUGGCAGGAGACGCCUGUGCGAUCCUCCGCGUGCACGAGUUCCUCACGCACUGGGGACUGAUCAAUUUCCACGUGCCGCCGCACGCGAUGCCGCCAGCCAUUCACUCGAACUACGCGCUCCACGCGGUCAGUAAUAGUAGUUCUGCUGCUGGUGGUAGUGGUGUUGGUAGUGGUAGUGGGUCGUUUCGGGACGGGCCGAGUCCAGUGGCAAUGCUCGUAGCGAGUCAAAAGGAGAGUGGACGUCGAGUGAACGUUCCGUUGGCGUGUGAAGCGUGUGGCGUGGCGAGACAAGUGGACGAUUUGUUUUUUGAGCUCACAAGCGAAGCAAAGAAAAAGUUGACGACAAGUGGGGCAGUGGGGCACGCGUCGAGUGCACUACAUGGGAUGAAUGGGACUGGCGGCAAAGCAGGCGAAGGCCAAGAAGUGACGGUACGAGGGUUUGCACUGCGACCGGGCAGUGGCAUUUGUGAAGCGUGCUACAUUCGUGGAGCUUUUCCAGAAGGCUACGAUGUCUCGGAUUUCGUGCUGAUGCCUACCGUAGCGAGAAAUCUGUCCGCAGCAGCUUCGUGGACGCAGGAAGAAAACGAUCGACUACUGACGGCUGUGAAUAGCAGCACGAAGGCCAAUAGGACCAAGAGCGUGCAUAAACAGGAUGAGGGCGAGGAUAGCUGUGAUUGGAAUUACGUGGCGUCCAAGGUCGGCUCGAAGACAGCAGACGAGUGUUUGUUGCACUUUUUAGAAAUGCCCAUGCUCAACAUGUCGGCGUCGAUGGGUGAUCGAGAGGCAAGUGUUGGUGACCUAGUGGACUCGAUGCGACCGUUUUCUGCUGGAGCAGCUCUGAAUGCACCUGUGCUUGAUCUGGUUUCUCUCGUCGAACAGGUUGACCCGUUCGUUGCAAAAGCUGCAGCUCACGCUGCGAUAGGUGCCAUCAAGCGGUUGCACACGAUGCCAGCAAAAGUAGCAACGUCGCCACUAGAGGCAUCGUCGGCUACGAUGAAGGACCAAGCAAAGGGCGAUGCAGCUGAAGUCAAGGUAGAGAGCGCUUCGCGAAUGUCAGGGUCCGCUACGACCAGUGACGGAUGCAUUUCUUCGCUUGAGGAUGCAGCAGCGGCAGUUGCCAGCAGCGCAGAGGUUGCAGGAAUCGGAUCGAGCGUCAAAGUAGAGGACACACUAUUUGUGGACGGCAAUGUGACUAUGGAGGAUGCCUCGUCGUCAAACACGAUUGUCGGGUCCACCUCGAAGACGGAAGAUCCCAGCAAGGGCCAUGCAGCGCCAGUUUCGAAGGAGAUGAUUGCGGUCAUCGAAGAAGCGGCGAAUGCCACGACAGUUGCACUCUUGGCAACGCGGUCGCAAAAGAUUGCCGAUGACAUGGCCAAUGGACCUGUGGAGGAUCUGGUACAGCAACUUGUGGAGAAUCAGUUGCGUCAAAUGGAGUUGAAGAUGCAGCAGCUAGCUGUAUUGGAGCAAACAGUGUAUGCCGAGAAGGAGCAGCUCGCCAAAGAGAAGUACGAGUUGUACGUAGAUCGGCUCGCCUUCUCUCGCGAAAAGAUGAAUGGCCGCUUGGCACAGCUUGGGCCCUAG